AUCCCAAAAUUCCACAUUCAUUUUCCUUAAAUGGAAAGUCACUUCAAGGAGGCGACAUACAUAGUUUUGGUACCAUCUCGAGCCAUGGGUUUUUGGGAAAUACUUCUGGUUUUGGCUUUCCUUGAGAAAAGUUGGGGACAGGAACAAACCAGAUCCACCAUUUCAGCGCCGGUGGUCUUCCGCGUGGGAGUGUCAGAGAACAUCACGGUCCAAGCCCACGGCCACUCUGAUGCCUUUGAUGCAACUGUCUCUGUAAAAAGCUAUCCUGAUAAAAACGUCACUUACUCUUCAGGCUCUGUUAAUUUAUCACCAGAAAAUAACUUCCAAAACUCUACAAUCUUAACAAUUCAGGACAAACAGUUGUCUGCAGGACAAAGCUCAUUGUCAUAUGUGUAUUUGGAAGUCGUGUCAAAGCAUUUUUCAAAAUCUGAAGAAAGGCCAAUCCUCUAUGACAAUGGCUCUCUUUUCAUCCACACCGACAAGCCUGUGUACACUCCGCAGCAGCACGUAAAGGUUGGCGUUCUUUCGCUGGGAGAUGCCUUGGAGCCAGUUACACGGGAAACUGUCUUAACUUUCAUAGACCCUGAAGGAUCAGAAGUUGACAAGGUACAAGGAAACAAUCUUACUGGAACUGUGUCUUUUCCUGACUUCCAGAUUCCUUCUAACCCCAAAUACGGUAGAUGGAUGAUUCAGGCUAAAUAUAGAGAAGAUGCUUCUACCAACGGAACGACACACUUUGACGUCAAAGAACACGAUAAAGCCUACAAAAUAAGUCUCAUGCCAAUAAGUGAUUGGCAGCACGAAGUGGAAAUUCAAGAUGAAGCCCAAGGCGUGAGUCUCCAGCCAACAGAUUACCUGGAACAGAAAAUAACAGAACAAGCUGCUACAUACAAACAUCGGGUGGUAAAGAAGUGUUGUUAUGACGGAGCCAGACCUAGUGCCUAUGAAACCUGUGAGCAGAGAGCAGACCGUGUGAAAACAGGCCCAAACUGUGUCAAAGCCUUCACUGUCUGCUGCACCAUGGCAACCCAGAUCAGAGCUAAUGACACCUUUAAACAUAUCCACGUGUCGAAGUAUCAGUGAUCUCUCACUGACCCUGGAGCUCCCUGAUGUGGCUGGGCCACCUGGACAGUGACCUCCAAGGAUCCUGAGCCCCUGCCUCUCCAGGGCUGGAAAUGCAGAUGUGCACGGCUGUGCCCCACAUUAGCAUAGGUACUAGGAAUCCAAAAGCAGGUCCUUUGCUUGUACAGCAAACACUUUGCCCAUGGUGUGUCUCCCUGCUACUAUUUUCCCUAAUGUAAACAGGGCAUUUAAAAGAUAUUAGACAUUAUUAGGGUCAUAAUAAUUUCUGUGACUAAUGUUCUUCACAGUAGUGCCUGAUUUUUUCAAUUUAAGUUC